ACACCAGCCAGUCUCAGCUCUGAUAUCAUACCAGCGGAUUCUCGUUUUGGUUGCGUCCUAAUAACUGCACAACGAACCAGUGUUGGGGGUAGAACUCCACUGAGAGCGCUCAUAGAAAUGGCACACAACCCUUCAGUUCUCGCGCAGGUCUGGCUGUUGUUGAAACAAGUAGACUACGAGUCAGUCUAUACCGUAUCUAAGCGGUGGUUUCUAUUCGUGCCAACUGUCAUCUUUCCUGCAACCUUCUUCUACGAUGCACCCUUCGGCCGGUUCUCAACACCAGGCAGCCUACUUGCGUUGGAUGGGAUCAGGUCAUGGAUAUUUAUGGAGCUCAUCUCCCCCAUGUCAUUCUUAUUGACUGCAUUCCUCCAUCCGUUUUCGCGUACACCCCUCUCAGUCCUUUCACCUCAAGCCCUCCUCACCGCACUCUACCUGACACACUACGUCAAUCGCGCUGUUCUCUCCCCGCUCCGCACACCCUCCAGAGCACCUUCCCAUCCAGCUGUAGUCGUUUCCGCCAUCUUCUUCAAUGGCCCCAACGGUUUCCUCCUCGCAGCGUACCUCACCUCCACCGCAGCCGCCACCUUCCUGGCUAAUGCAUACACCCACCCGCGCUUCUGGCUUGGCCUCAUACUAUGGGCCGUCGGCUUUGCCGGCAACAUCAUUCAUGACGAGAUCCUGCUCAACAUACGCCGCAAAGCCAAGGCAAAGGGCAAAGCAAAGGAGAAGUCUCAAGGCGAGCACUACUCCAUUCCGCACGGCCUGCUCUACAAAUACAUUUCGUACCCCAACUACUUUUGCGAGUGGGUCGAAUGGCUCGGCUUCGCGCUCGCAGCCAGCCCGCUGCCGGAUGUGGGGCUCUUGCCUGCGGCAUCUACCGUGUUGACUGCGCUGUCCGCAGGGUCCGUGAGCGCGGUGGGAGGGCUCUUCACGCUGUUUGCGGACUCGGUGGCUCCGCCAUGGGCGUUCCUCGCGGCUGAGGUGCUGCUCAUGCUGCCGCGUGCGGUACGUGGGCACAGGUGGUAUCUGCAGAGAUUUGGGGAGGCGUAUCCGAGUGGGCGAAGGAUCGUGGUGCCGUUUUUGUUUUAAUGUACCGUCUCGACAUCUUGGCAGGUUCGUAGACAGUGAUGUAGUUUUAACUUAUUGAGAGGGAUUGAACAGCGUCGUCAACCACUCCAUC